CUUCCUUCUUCUCCGGAAAAAAAAAAAAUUUUUUUACAGCACCGGAAAUCAUUAUCCGAUACAGGCGAUUGCGCCGCCACCCGCCACCCGGUGUGAUUCUCUGACGACGAUGGUGCUUGCGCCUCUUGUCUUCUUCAGCUCCCACAAGAAAUGAGGGAGGGAGAGCAAAUGAACGUUGGAGCAUCUUGAUGUACGCCAAUCCUGAUCAUCAUAGCCAUGUCCAGAUUCUCAGCUUUUGGAAAUUUUAAGAGGGUUGCACAACCCCUUCAAGUGAAUUGGAAGACUGGCUUUAUAGAAGCAAAUAAUAAUGGGGUGAAUCAUGAAGUUGGGCUCUCUUACCAUCCUUGCAGAUUAUAUUCACAAUAUAUAGUUUCUUCUAGAGGACAUUCAAGUUUUAUGUUGUACAAAGUAAAGCAGGGCUUGUUGAGGAAUAGUUUUUCUAGGAACUUGUAUGCCAUAUCUUUAAGCUCUAAGAUAUCACAUCAUGCCCAAGUUGCUUGGAAGGGGUUAUCUUGGAUAUGUUCCCACCAUGGACCAGCUGCUUUACCGCCAAUAAAUAGAAUUGCCUGUGCAUUAAGUCUGGCUUUGACGAAAUCCAACCUGUUGGCUCCUGGGGUUCUUGCCAUCAUAAUUGGAGAACUUGCCUGGAGGAAAAACGCAUGUGCAGAAGCAGAAUGCUUUCCAACAAUGGAUACUCUCUACACGCAGGCACAAAACAGCCACUUUUAUUUGGCAUCACUACUGUUUUUACUUUUGGAGGGUGUUAUUUUGUUAUCCCGUGCUAUCUAUUUAGCAAUUUUAUUUUCACCCUGCAUUGCCUUAGCCCCUUUUGCAGAUUCUCUUGGCAUACAGUUUAGGAAAAUGUGGGUUCGUAUUGUUCACCUUACACUGGAGAAAGCAGGCCCAGCCUUUAUAAAAUGGGGUCAGUGGGCUGCAGCAAGACCAGAUCUAUUUCCUGGAGACCUGUGUGCUGAACUUGCAAAACUACACAGUAAAGCACCGUCACAUAGUUUUUCCUUCACAAAGAAGACUAUUGAAAAUGCUUUUGGUCGAAAGCUACCUGAAAUAUUUGCAGCAUUUGAAGAGAAUCCUAUAGCAUCUGGAAGUGUUGCUCAAGUUCAUCGAGCAACUUUGAAGUAUCGAUAUCCAGGCCAACAGACCAAGCCAAUUGUAGUUGCUGUUAAGGUUCGCCAUCCAGGGGUUGGUGAAGCAAUUAGAAGAGACUUCAUGAUAAUUAAUUUUGUUGCCAAAAUUUCAAAGGUCAUUCCAACAUUGAAAUGGUAUAGACUGGAUGAAAGUAUACAGCAAUUUGCUGUUUACAUGAUGUCUCAAGUUGAUCUUGCUAGGGAAGCUGCACAGUUAAGCCGUUUUAUCUACAAUUUCCGCAGAUGUGAGGAUGUCUCAUUCCCAAAACCUCAAUAUCCUCUGGUGCAUCCUGCUGUUCUUGUGGAAACUUAUGAACAUGGUGAAAGUGUUUUGCACUAUGUUGAUGAGCUUGAAGGACAUGAACAGAUAAAAACUGAUCUUGCUCACAUUGGGACGCAUGCACUUUUAAAGAUGCUUUUGGUAGAUAAUUUUGUUCAUGCAGACAUGCAUCCUGGGAAUAUUCUUGUUCGAGUCAAACGUAGAAAACCAUCACCUAAACAGCUCUUCAAUUCAAAGCCUCAGGUUGUUUUCCUUGAUGUUGGAAUGACUGCUGAACUUUCUAAGACAGAUCGAGUAAAUUUACUGGAUUUCUUUAAGGCCGUUGCUCUUCAAGAUGGUCGAACUGCUGCAGAAUGUACACUUAGAUUUUCUAAACAGCAAAAUUGCCCUGAUCCAGAAGCCUUCAUAAAGGAUGUUGAAAAAUCAUUCCUUUCCUGGGGUUCGCCUGAUGGUAAGUUAGUCCAUCCAGCCGAGGGCUUGCAACAACUGCUUGAGCAUGUUAGACAUCAUAAAGUCAAUAUUGAUGGAAAUGUUUGUACUGUGAUGGUGACUACUUUGGUUCUUGAGGGAUGGCAACGGAAGCUCGAUCCAGGGUAUGACAUGAUGCAGACUUUGCGGACAUUGCUAUUUAAAGCUGACUGGGCGGAGUCUCUGAUUUACACCAUUGAAGGACUCAUGGCACCAUGAUAAGAGUAAGAGGAGUUCAUGUUCAGUUGCACAAUCAACAUACUGAUAAUAAAACCAAUGCAUGACACUAUAAUGCUUUACUAGAGAUACCUGGCUGCUGCUUCUUUUAUUUUUUUUCCAUUUUUGGUUCAACACAUUUUGUUGGUUGCAAUAGGCUUUUUUCAACUCCCUCUUUGUUUUGUAUUUUUGUAUUUUUGCAAUUUUGCUCUCAAAUCAUGUCUUCUCUUCCGGAAGAAGAGGCAUUGUAGAAUUUGGAAAAUAAAGAAAAUAAGAUUGA